AUGAGUCGAGCACGGCAGGCAACUGCGUCGUUGGGGAAAUUUCAACCAAAAUUGAGAGACGAGAAGAUACCAAGAAAAACGGGCAAAACACAUCAGUUCGCUCCAAACGAAACAAGCGUUGCCACUGAACGAAAGCGACAUCUCGAGAUAGUUGAUCAGAUAUUGGCGAAGAAAUCAGUUGUGAAUGAAUCACGUUUGAACGUAAGCAGUCAAGAAACUAGUGAACAGGCGAAAAAGGGGCCAUCGAAGCGACAUGCUGCUCGAGGCGGCGGUGAUCAUCGGCACAAGUCUUCAAUCCAUAGGCAGCAGCAUUUUCAAAGCAGCCUGAAGCGAGGCUCAACUAGAGGAGCUGGGGGUGGCCCAACUAGAGGAGGUCGGGGCGGCACAACUAGAGGAAGUCGGGGUGGCUCGAGUAGAGGAAGUCGGGGUGGUUCAACUGGAGGAGGUCGGGGUGGUUCGAGUAGAGGAGGUCGGGGUGGACGGGGUGCUUCAAGGGGUGCGAAACGUUGA